AUGGCUGAUUCAUUACAAGAUCCUUCGAAGCCGCAACGGCUGAGGGGCAAUGCGACUGGCACUCGGAAUUCAGCGAAUGGCGCGGUCCUGAGGUCGCGCAAUGUUGUGCUAAAAGAUUAUGGAGAUAACAAAAAUAGGGCCACACGGAGAGAGUCCGAGAGCGAGGAUGCGAAGAAUGGGAGCUAUGACAUUACAGCGGCGGUUGUUCAGACGACUAUCCCCGCAUGGUUGAAUAUUGGAAUCAUGAUGUCCCUGAUAUUUGGCGGGUGUUGUUCGAACGUAUUUGCUCUAGAGGCUAUUAUCAAAGACCACCCAGCAUCUGGAGUACUGAUAACUUUCACACAAUUUGUUUUUACCGCGCUCUUCACCCUUCCCAAUGUCUUCUCGAUUACCGCCGGACCCCGUUCAUUCUUCCUUGCGCCUCGGGCAGUCCCUCUAAGAUCAUGGGUGAUAUAUACAGCGUACUUCCUCUCCGUAAAUGUCCUCAAUAAUACUGCCUUCGCCUUCGAGAUCUCAGUGCCGCUUCACAUCAUAAUUCGGAGCGGAGGCCCGGUGGCAUCGAUGAUAAUCGGCCAUCUAUACAAUUCCAAGAGUUACACACGGACUCAGAUUCUAGCAGUAGUACUGCUUACAGUUGGUGUGGUCGGCGCCGCGUUGGCAGAUGCCAGUGCGAAGGGUAAAUCUCUAGAUAUCGGACUCAGCUCUGGGAAGGAUGAUGGUCCUUCAAUGCUUAGCUCAUUAGCUGGAUUUACAAUGCUUGGGCUGGCAAUGGUCCUUGGAGCUUUUCAGGGCGUCUACGCAGACCGCCUGUUCGAGACUUACGGCCGCAACAACUGGCGCGAAUCGCUCUUCUAUGCCCAUGCUAUUUCCCUCCCAUUUUUCAUCCCGUACUAUCCAAAUCUCGUAUCACAGUUGAGAGCAUUAUUCGCCUCUACAUCCGUCCGCACUUCCCUCUCGUCAACGUCCAUGCUCGCAAACACUACAUCCAGCGACCUCAAACAGUUCCCUUCGACGACAACAGCUACUACUCUAUCCUUCCUGUCUGCGCGAAGUCUUCUAAACCCCGCAGUUUCUUACCUCCAAACCCUCCCCGAUCAGUCCCUUAUUUUCCGGCUCCUUUCGCAAACACCUAUAAAGGUAGUAUAUCUAAUCCUUAACGGACUAACGCAAUAUGUCUGCAUCCGCGGUGUGCACCUUCUCUCUGCAAAGUCGUCUUCUCUGACAGUGACCGUGGUGCUGAAUAUCCGCAAACUUGUCUCGUUAAUUCUAUCUGUGUACGUGUUUGGGAAUGUACUUGUAGCAGGAGUACUAGUAGGCGCGGUGCUGGUGUUUGCUGGUGGGGGCCUGUAUGGGUAUGAAGGGGCGAGAUUGCGGCGCGAGGCGAACGUAAAGAGGAAGACGCAGUGA